UCGAGCUCCAAAAAUGGUGAAAUUGCAGAAGCGAUUGGAUGGCGGGACUUUCCUUAGCUGUAUCUCUUUGCUUAAUUUUCCUUCCUGCGAUAUCCGAAGCAUCACCUUGCUCGAUCAUUGGGUUGCCUCUAGUGAGAAAUAUCAGUGAGCUUCCACAAGAUAACUAUGGAAGGGGAGGCUUGUCUCACAUUACCGUUGCAGGUUCACUAUUGCAUGGGCUGAAGGAGGUGGAGGUGUGGCUCCAAACAUUUUCCCCUGGAUCACACACACCUAUUCACAGGCACUCCUGUGAAGAAGUUUUUGUGGUUUUGAAGGGGACUGGCACUCUCUUUCUCGCACCUAGUUCUCAUGGAAAGUACCCUGGAACACCAAAAGAAUUUUCUAUCUAUUCAAACUGUACAUUUCACAUACCUGUUAAUGAUGCUCACCAGAUAUGGAAUACGAAUGAACAUGAGGAUUUGCAGAUGCUUGUCAUCAUUUCCAGGCCACCAGCCAAAGUGUUUAUUUAUGAUGACUGGGCCAUGCCCCAUACUGCUGCAAGAUUGAAGUUCCCCUACUAUUGGGAUGAACAGUGUUUUGAAGCGCCCGUAAAGGAUGAACUUUGACGUUGUUUGUCGAUCAAAUUGACCGUUAACAUCAAGUGUUAUAAACUUUAAACAAGGUGCAACAUCUUGAAAGUUCUUCAACCUUGUAUCACUCACUUUUGCUUCAAAAAUCCAUUCCAAAUGGAUAGAGCCUUGUUGAGGUGUGAAAGCCUAUAGUUUCUUCUAUAAUUUUGAAAUCAUUGAUGGCCGUUGGGUCGGUUUGAUAAUAAUUUCGUUUUUAGUU